AUGCCUCCCCCAGCAAGCCCACCUCAAAAUGACACCCCAGGCGUCACAGCAACAGAGACAACUCCCUUACUCGCCCCCGAAGCAGUCUCUACAACAGAGCAGAAUGGCGACCUUCAUUCGAACCACAUCGAACACGAUCCUGAAGACGAGAAGAUGCCAUAUAUCCAAAUCCUCCUUCUAUGCUACGCCUCCUUGGCAGAACCCGUGGCAUAUUUUGCCAUAUUCCCCUUUAUCAAUGCCAUGAUUCAAUCCACAGGAGGCAUCCCGGAAAGCUCGGUAGGCUUCUACUCCGGCCUGAUCGAAUCGCUCUUCUCUCUAGUCCAAAUGGUACUCAUGAUCUUCUACGGCCGAAUGUCAGAUCGACUUGGCAGGAAGCCGAUCCUUGUCUUCUCCCUCUGCGGUGUGAGUGUCGCAACCGCGCUGUUUGGCAUGAGCCGUACUUUAUGGCAGAUGGUCAUGUUCCGCUGCUUGUCUGGGGUCUUCGCGGGGAGUGUCGUGACGAUUCGGACGAUGCUGAGUGAGAAUACGGGAAAGAAGACGCAAGGUAGAGCUUUCGCCUGGUACAUGUUCACCAGAAACCUGGGCAUCUUUCUCGGACCUUUGGUGGGAGGUGGGCUUGCCAGUCCAGCUGAGCAAUUCCCGGGGACUUUUGGCAACGUCCAAUUCUUCAAGGAUUACCCAUAUGCACUGCCCACAUUUGUAGCCGGAGCCAUCUGUAUGACAGGCACCCUGACCAGCUUAUUCUUUCUCAAAGAGGUAUGUCCGAGUCUAUACACCGUACUCUCAUGGAAACUGACAUCAUCCCAGACGCUUCACCGCACAGCUGGAGACUCAGAUACUCCUGCCGAGCCACCGCUCUCAACAAUUCAAGUCCUCCGCUCUCCUGGUGUACCCAUGGUACUCUACAUCUUCGGCCAUGUCAUGCUCCUAGCCCUAGCCUUCACCGCUGUCUCCCCAGUCUUCCAAUUCACCUCAAUCGCUCACGGUGGGCUCUCUUUCUCUCCUCGCCAGAUAUCCCUUUUCCUCGCACUAGGCGGCUUCUCCCAGGCCCUCUGGAUGCUCAUCGCGUUUCCAUACUUACAAUCCCGCAUCGGCACCGGUUCCCUCCUUCGCAUAUGCGCCGCCUCCUGGCCUAGCUUUAUGGCCAUUUACCCAAUAUUGAAUGAGCUCCUACGACGGGACUUGUGGACGGCGUUCUGGAUCGUGGCGCCAAUUGGAAUCGUACUUGGAAGUGGGGUUGCGAUGGCGUUUGCCUGUGUUCAGCUGGCACUGAAUGAUAUUUCGCCCAGUAAGCAGGUCUUGGGUACAGUGAACGCUCUGGCAUUGACGGUCAACUCUGGUGUGCGAGCGAUAGCGCCGGCUGCUUUCACGACCAUCUACGCCGUGGGAGUCAAAUGGGGAUGGGCGGAUGGACAUCUCGCUUGGAUAAUSCUGGUUUUCAUUGCUCUGGGUUUGAGCUGGGCUGCGUGGAAUUUACCAGAGCGAGCGGAAGGAAGGCCUUAA